UAAUUAUGGGACGGAGGGAGUAUGUUGGAAUGGAACAAAUAAUAAUAAUAAAAUAUGAAAAAACCAUUAAAAAAAAAACAACAACAACCAAACAGAGCCUUAAGUUUUAACCACGGAAAUCCCAACCAAAUUUCAUACCAUUAUUCUCCUGCCUUUUUUCUCAAAUAUAUAUAUAUUUUUUGGGCUAGAUAUACGAAUUUAAGUCCUUUUAACAAACGAACCGGUGACGUAUUAUUACAUGGUGUGUUGGUGCUGAAAGCGGCCGGUUUAUUUAUUUAUUUUGUUGUUGAUAAAUUAGAUAACUAACUGGCCGUGUUAAUUGCUGAUAAAUCCUAUUCCGAAUUCGGAACCCAACUCUUUAGCGUGAAAAUUAAGCGCAACCGGUCGUCGUUUGAUCCUAGGUGUAUAUGUAUUCAUAUUGCAAGCUUCAUUCUCUAUCAUCAAGACCGGGUUACGCUAGCAGAUCACAACUGUGAAGUUCUGGGAAGCAGGUUGACAAUCCCGGCGAAUUUGGCGGUCUGAAAAAUCCAAUCUUGAUGGAGAAACCCGUUGAAGCCUCUGAUGAAAACCCGGUGAGCAAUAAGCUAUCUACUACUUAUUUUCUUCCCUUUUCUUUUCUUUUUUUUUUUUUUGACAUUACAUUUGCUAAUCUUAUUAACUGUUAUUGGAUAUGGUAUGGGAAAACAGCUCAUUGAGGAUCGGAUUAGUCAGCUGCAUCAUGACAUUCUUGUUCGUAUCAUAUCUUUCUUGACGUUGAAAGAAGCUGCAAGAACUAGCGUGUUAUCCAAAUCCUGGACAGACAUUUGGAAGUCUAUUCAUCGGCUCCAUUUUGAUAUUCCUGAAGUCUGUAUAAAUUCUGGGACAUUCUAUAGACCAGACGAGCGCGCUAGUUUACUCGAAAGCCAAGGCUAUAAGCAUGCUGAAUGGAUCAACAAGGCCUUGCAAUCGCACAAGGCCUUUACGUUGGAGGAAUUCAAGAUGUGCAUCCGAUUGGGCCGUUCAAUGCAAGAAGAGAUUGACAAAUGGCUUUGCUAUGCUUUUGCUAAGAAAGUGCAGAGGCUAGAACUCGAGACUUUGAGUUCCAUUCGAGAGCCUUAUGUUUUCCCUGAGGGACUCCUUGAUCUGAGUAAUGAAACUACUCUAGAUAAAUCUUUUUCUAUAUACUGUGGUAAUUACACUCCUAUCGACAUACUGGGUGGCUUUAAGUCAAUCAGGUCAUUAAGGUUAUCAUGUGUGAGUGUUACUGGAGACGUUUUCAAAAUGUUUCUGCGUGAGUUCCAAUUUCUUGAACAUCUAGCAAUUCAUGGCUCGCAUGAUUUGACAAGUGUUGAAGUUUGCGGUUCAUCUAUCGCACUGCAACGUCUGGAAUUAUGCCUCUGUACGAAAUUACAGUCUGUUAUAGUAUCCGACAUAAAUUUAGUCUCACUUAAAGUGUCUGGAUGUUGUGAGCUCAUUCUUAAGAAUGUACCCAAACUUCGGGAUUUAUGCAUUUUGGAAAGGUUCUUUGAGCAAACCUUUUCGUUGCUUUCUGGCUGCCUGGAAAAUUUGGAGAUUCUUACCUUAGAUGUCUGGGAUUAUCCGAAAACAGAACAUUGGAUCCACAAGGUUCCUCAACCCAAUAGACUGAAGCAAUUAAACUUCAGUGCCCCUCCAUUGCAGAAUGAAGGAGGUCUGAUAGUUUUUGCUUAUUUGGUAGGCUUGUUUCCCAACUUGGAGAAGUUUGUAUUGAAGGUAUGUUCUUUGAAGAUUUCAACUUUUUCCUUGUUAUCUUGUCGUAGAUUAUAGAGGUUACUUGAAAUGACUGCGCAUUCAGUGCAAAACUCAGUUUCUACCCUUUGCAAUUUCAAAACCUUUCCAUGAGCUUUUGUGAGACUUUGGUCAUGAAUCAAUCCUUACAAGAUGCGAAGCAGAGAUACGUAGUCCAAUAGAUUUUUAACUUCAAAAUUGUUGUUAAUCUGUAGUGUUUAUGUCAUAGGUUUGUUUUUCAUUUUGGGCAGUCCGUGUUUCUUGUUUGUGGUUACCACGUUAUCUUUGUUCUGUUUUUUAGUUGAGACGGGCCUAUAGCUACGGCAUUGAGUCAAGAGCAUUGAUUAGAGCUCCAAGUCUUCCUCUUCAACAUCUUAAAGUGUUUGAGGUGCAUGGAUACCAAGGUCGUGGACUUGAACUUGAACUAGUCAAGUAUUUUGUAGAAAAUGCCAUGGUCCUAGAGAGGCUUACUGUUGAACCUCAAGUAUAUAAGGGAUAUGGGUGCACCGAAGUAGCCAGAUUGAAGGCUAAAAGGCAGUUUGAGGAGUUAAAAAAGCAGCUUGAGGAGUUGAUACCAAACCCUUCAUGUAUUGACUUAGUAGUUUUUUAGCUCCAAACAUGUCAAUAUAUGCUAGAGGUUUAUAGGUUUGCUAAGUUAAAUUUGUUAGGCAAAUUCGUCACAUUAAUGAAGUGAAAUGGUACAUUUGAUUGUGUACCCACUGCAGGGUGAGGUUCUCCCCCUCUUCAUUUCCAUCAAAUUUGUACUUCAAACAAGUUAAAAAGGCUUAUUUGAUUUGUGGGACAACAAUCCCUUGUGUAAUGGUCAUUGCUUCAAAAUGAAACUUAUUAGUGUUACAUUCAACAUACAGAACACAUUACACUUCACAUCCUCUAACAUUUAUAUAUAUAUAUAUAUAUAUAUA